UUGUUUUUCUCUUUCAUCUUUUCUCUUGAGUUAUUUCUUCUCAGCAGAUUAAUUUUGCAAUAAACAAAGCUACUCCAUGGUUAACCUUAUGCACUGUUAAUUUGAGAGCCAUACACAUCUUAUGAACAUUGACGUUAGUGACAAUCCAAUAACGACGAGUAGGUACUUUAGCUGCAUAGGAGCUAUUACGACUGGAUCUUCAGGCAUGACACGUGACCUUCCAUAUUCAACUCGGAGGAGUCCAAUGUUCCAUGGAUGGGAAGGCAAUGAUGACAUGAUGAUUCAAUUGGGGUCUAAUCCUUGGGGCUGACUACAACAUUUCACUUUAGUGACAAGUAAAUUAAGUACAAUACUAAAUAACAUCAUUCUUUUAUUCCUCACGAUUCACAACAACCGUAUACGUUACAUACCAUCAUCAUGGAAGCAGGACAGGAUAAGGGAUCUCAAUCCCAGGCUAGAUAUUAUUCCAUAGUCAUUGAGAUACAGAACACUGAGCCGACGAAUUCCUAGACUCUCUCCGGAGAUGAAAAACGCCGCGUCCGCCUCUAUGGAAGACUACGUCAUGGUGGAUUGCUCAGACAACAGUCCAGGGAACGGAGGUAUUUUGACUCCGGUGAUUUGGCUCUGUCUGCAGCCGUUAAAGUGACUGAUGACGGUCCAAUUCAAACUGGCACAGCCCACCCUAUGCGUGACAAUAUUUCGCGUCCUUAUGCCCCGGUUCCCAAUACUAGCAAUGCCAACAAAGAUGCCAACAGGGACGUUAGUGGCGAGAGCCAAGUUCAAGAAAUGAUAGAUAGCCCUCUACACCAGCAAAUUAACAGUGUGAAUAAUAUGCAGAAACCGAAAGGAACUAUUUAGGAUAGACAACUUUUCUGGCAAUGCUUUUCAGUCUAUCCAUGAGUCUCAUGUGACACCCG